CUGCAGCCAGGGACACGAUAAGAUGGACCCACAUCACUAUCUUUUAGCUUACCCGCCAUCGUCCAAUCCAACAUUAUCUUAUACAAGGUAUAUUAGGUACCUACACCACAUUCGUUCAGCUCCCUCAUCAUAGCUCCAAAGCGUAUACCAUCAGAUGGCCCGUUGAAAUGCGGUUGCCUAUGCCGUCUCUCGUCCACAAUGUCCGUUGAGAUCUGGCCUCCCAUCUCGCCGACCGAGCUUAAAAUCCAGGAAGAUGCCACUCAAGCCCGCGAGCUAACCUGGCUCCUAACCUCCCUGCGCACGACCCUCGAGAAAAUCAAGCGCGGCCUGGAAGACUGCUGCGCACUCCUAGCUCCCGCCGACUCGGCCGGCAGCACGCUCGUGCUAACAACGCCACGCAACGAGACCGUAAAAGGGCACACAACACGUGUAGGCGCGCGCUUAGUGCGCGGCUUAGUCCAUCUGCGACUACGAACUCUCCCACCACAGACUCUAUCCCUCGACCCCUCGCGUCCCGUCCGCGUCCCCGCUCUAAUCCGUCUCGACGCCCUUCUCUCACUCUCACUUGAGUUAUGCCUCGCCCUCGAAAAACACCAGAAUCAAACUACGCCCCCGCCCUCCGCGCCGUACCUCGCCUCCCAAUUACGGCUGCUAGCACUACAUAUCGCAGAAGCAGCAGCGCUAGUCAAAGGGCCGCCUCAACCGCCUGCGCGCCCAUCUACUAGUGCUUCUACAGCGAGCCGCGAGGGGCCCGGACGCCAGGAGCAGAAAGUUCCUCUUGAUACGGCGUGGACGACGAAUUCGGUGUCGCUGGGUCAUUUCACGCCCCCGCUUAGUCGUAACCUAUCCCUCUACGUAACGAUUCAAGAUGCCUGUCUAGUCAUAUAUCUCCGCGCCCUAGAACCCGCCGACGCACCAGUUAACUUCGGAACGAAACUCGCGCUCGCUAUUGGUACGACACGGCGUAUCGAACACGACGAGGCCGACCGCGUGUUCUCGUACCGAUGUGACGAUGAAUCGCGGAUCGAUAGCGGCGCGUCUACCUCCGAGCAUCAUGGGAAUCAUAGUAGUAAUAGUAGUGAGGGUACCGAAGGAAAUAAGAAAGAAGUUGAGGUAUAUGUACGCGAGAAGGUGCGCGUUGAAAGCGCGGACCCUAGCCUUCUUUCGCUGUCCGCAAAGUUGAGCGCUUUAGGCAAUACGUUGGGGUUGGCACGGCGUAAUUUGGCUGCCGUCAUGGAACAGGAUUUGGAAGAAUAAAACGACGCGAGGGAACACCGUAUUGCAGAAUCUCCCUCUGCUUAGAGACUAACACGGUUGAGUUAUAUGCAUUAUGGGAGUAGUGGUUGGGGUCUCACGGAAUAAAAAUGAAUGAAAACAGCGGUUACGAAUAAGGUAAUCAUUUAAACCCAUAAGAAAAUCAAAUCGCGAUAAACACUUGAAAUUGUUUCUCGAGUUCGAGUUCAGCUAUGACUUCGCCUCCGAAAAGAAAACUCGAAUUGCUUCAUA